AUGCCAUUACAACUCCCCCAGCAAACCAUUUUACCUUCUCCACAUGCGAAGUACCUUGGCGUGUGGCUCGACAAACACCUCGAUUUCACAACGCACCGCAGCAAGGUCAUCGCCAAAGCCAAUAGCAGUCUGGAGGCAUUUAGGGGGGAUUAUAGGUUCCACGUGGGCCCAGCGAGUGGGAAUGUUUCAGCCACAGAGCAGUCGAGAGCGAUACGGAGUUUCACAAGAAUCCAGAAACGCGCGGCGCUAAUGGUCAGCGGCGCCUUCAAAAGCACCUCCGCGGCAGCCCUCGACACCGACUUAUUCCUGACGCCAAUCAACCUCUUAAUGCACCAAGUCAUCGAAGAAACUGCCAUCCGAAUCCAAACAGAGGCGCCCUGGGCCCGCCCCGGGGGCCUCAAUGCCAAACGAAAGCCAAAGGAAAUCCGACUGGGGGGAAUGUCACCGCUCGAGGCGAUGAAAUGGAGAAAACAAGGCCCGUUAACGCCGCUGAAGAAGCGGGAAACGGCCCAUGGAUACGCAGGAUUGGUGGGUGCUGCGGCUAUUGAUUUGACAGGCGCGGUGCAUCAGCGUCACCUUGGAACGGACCGACAGUCUGGCGUGUACGCGGCGGAGCUCUCAGGGAUGGAGAUGGCCCUGGAACCGCUCGCAAUCCAGGCAGCCCAAACAGCCGAGGACAAAGUCAGAGAACUGGUGAUCUUCUCUGAUAGCCAGGCCGCAAUUCAAGCGGUGCGAAACCCAAAGCGACCGUCCGGCCAAUACGUGCUCGGACGCAUUUAUGACCACGUACGAGCCAUCCGGUCGCGGCAAACACCCACAACGAUCACCCUCCGGUGGAUCCCAGCCCAUGUGGAUGUUACUGGUAAUUGA